CGAUGAAUACAUCUUAUUUGUUGAAGCAUGCGCCAUGUGUUUCUUAUGACGAAUUUGCGAGGUGAACAAAGAUGGCUAUGGAUCUAUCCGCCAUUUUCUAAAGUGAGAUAGAACAAGUUGUUUGUGAUAAAUUUUGGGAAAUUUAUGCCAUAUUCGUGGAAUUUUCAAAUCAAAAAUAGUUAAUAUUGUGGUUCUUAAAGUGUACAAACUUUGCAAUUGAAGCAUAAAGCCAAACUUUGUGUAUUUCAAGGUAUCCUACGUACGCGUCUCCUAAGGAAGAUCUAUUGUGUGAGAGAAGGUUUUUGGCAGUUUCGGCUGUCAAAUUAAGCAUUUUCAAUGAUGUUUGAUCCAAAUACCAUCACUACACAACAAUCCCAAAUACAAUACCAGCAGCCACAGCAAAAUGACAAGGAUAAAGAACAGGGCCAGAAGGACACAUUUGCUCCAUUUUGUUACAGCAAUGUCAACUUGAUCCACAAAAUUACACCUAAUACUACUCAAAACCACAACUCCACAGUCAACAUGUCACAGUUAACUGACGACAAGUGUUAUAUAACUCAACCAUUCAGCUAUAAUUACACACUUGUCAAUCAGAACUUAUUAACUCAAAACAUAACUUUUAAAUGUGAUUGUUGUGGAUUAAUGUUUGCACAUCUUUCUUUGCUGAACCACCAUAAAAAGGUGCAUCAUGGACAAACUGAUCAAGGCCAAGGACAGCAACCACAAAUUACUCUUCAGGUGCAACAACCGCAACAACAGCCAACGCAAAUCCAGAUAGUAUCAGCAGAUCGAAUACGCUUCUCGUGUGAAGAAUGUGGCCAUACAUUCGGAACACAAAACGACCUAAAAACACAUAAAAUACAGUCGCAUCAGCCUCAAGCCCCACAGCAGGUACUCAAAACGUUCCAGGUCCAACAGCAGCCUCAGCCGCCCCAAAAUACUCUUAAAAUAAAAAAUUGCGAGUCAUGUGGAGCACCUUUACCGCAGGACAAUAAUAAGAAAAGGGCAGUGAUGAAGGUCAAAUGCGAGAACUGUCUUAGUGCCGAGGCCAUACAACCGCAGAUUUUCGUAGUAGCAGCUGCACCUGAUACGUCAGUUAAGUUCGAGGAAAGUACUGGCACGCAGACGCAAACGCAGGCCUUGGGAACACAAAACACAAUUCCGAUAGGAGUAAAGAAUAAUCAUCCAGUAAAGAGAAGAGGAGUAGCCAGCGUCACCAAAUGUACCAAAUGUAACGGUAGUGGUAUCAUAUUCAUUGGUGGUUCCAAGAAUCAGCAAAACAAUGUAGACAAGCCCUUUCAUUGUAAUAUUUGCAACGGUAAGUUAAAAAAAUUAAAUAAAUUUGUACUGUUUGCAUUGAAGAGGCACAGAAACAUCCACGAAAAAUACGGUAGGACUAAACCACAGAUAUCUUCGAGUGCUGACGAUGCUCAGCAGAAUAACACAUCUUCCGAUUCCCUGACUUCCUCUGCGAAUAUGGCUUCUGUGGCACAAGACGCCGACCAUGAAGAAAUCGUAGAAACCAAAUAUGAACAAAAAUACGAAACCGUCGACGGUAGUGAUAUGGAGGAAGAUAUGACGGACAUAACCGAGCUGCAGGUCACACUGCACUAA